GCCUGCGCCUCCAGCGCCCCUGCAGCGCGCAAGUGGCGCGCUGGCGGCAGCCGCGCGGCGCGCGAGCGGGCCGCGGCGCCCCUGGAGGCGCAGCUGGCGGGGAUCGAGAGCGGGGCGUCCCUGGGCAGCAGUGCAGAGCCUCCCGCCGCCGGCUGGCAGCUCGUUGAGGGCGACGACGACGUGCCCUGCCGCAACUGGCGCGUGGAGGGGCCCCACCGCACCUGGGAGCAGAUGGUCGCCGUGUGCAGCACGCGGCCUUUCACGGAACCCUCGGGGUUCCCGCCUGGCCCCCGCUCCGUCGACGGGCGCCCGGACGACACCGGCGUGGGCAGCACGGACUUCUUCCGGGCCACCGUGAGCGAGGUCAGCCGGACUUCGCCGUCUCCCGCGGAGGCUGGCGAGGAGGCGCCGCUGUGCCUCUGCGGGCAGCCGGCGCGCCAGAGGCACGUCACGAGGCGGCACGGGAGCGUGGAGUCCGCACGGGCAGGCGGUCUCGAGGACCUGCAGCAGGGGGGCGUGGGCGAUUGCUGGUUCAUGAGCGCCCUGGCUGUCGUGGCGGAGCGGCACGACCUGAUCACCAAGCUCGUGCCCAACCUGAACGCCGGGAUGUCCACCGGCUGCCACGAGAUCAGGCUCUUCCUCGACGGCCGCUGGACUGCCCUCCUCGUGGACGACCACCUGCCCACCACCGCGAAGCAGCGGCGGCCGACCGCGGAUGGCAGCGGGCUGGCGUUUGGCCGCUGCGCUCGCAGGCAGCUGUGGGUGUCGCUCGUGGAGAAGGCGUACGCCAAGGCGCACGGCGCCUACAGCAUGAUCAGCGGCGGAGAGACUGCCGAGGCCCUCCUGGACCUCACGGGCGCCCCGACGGAGGUCGUGCACUUCUGGGAGCCAGGCUUCGACCCCGACCUCUUCUGGGCCAGGCUGCUGACGCUGCUGGAGGCGGGCUGCCUGGUGGGCUGCGGCACCAGCUCGGAGACGCUGGAGGAGCUGGGGCUCGUGGGCCAGCACGCGUACUCCGUGCUCGAGGCGCGCGACGGGUCCCCCGCGGGCGGCGCGGACGGGCGAGCGGUGCGCGUGAGGAACCCGUGGGGCGAGUGGACCCGCAGGGAGCAGGACGAGCUGCUCGCGCAGCUCGGGGCUCCAGUGAGCCCGGGCGACGGCUGCUUCUGGAUGCGGUAUGCGGACUUCCUGCGCGGCUUCGCCUGCGCCGACAUCUGCCACGCGCGCGAGGGCUGGCACGCCCGCAGCUUCGACGCCGAGUUCACCGGCGCGGGCGCGGGCUCCGCCGCCGGGUCGCGGGACUCGCUGCGGGUGCGGGCGGAGCACGGCACGGACUGCUGGUUCGUCGCCAUCCAGCCGACGGAGCGCGGCAAGCAGCUGCGCCGGCCGCGCGGGUACCACCUCAACGACCUGAGCCUGGUGCUGCUGGACGCCGAGACGGGCGAGAGCCGGGGCCUCGUGCUGGGGGGCGCCCGCCGCGACGUGAGCGUGCCCGUCUUCCUGGAGGCGGGGCGCGAGUACGUGCUCGUGCCGCUGAGCUUCCGGGCCAGGCGGGGACCCUUCCCGAAGAAGGAAAAACUCUACGCCGCGGGCCCCGUCCGCGUGCUGCCCGAGCCCCUGCCGAGCGCGGCGCCGGUGUGGGCCGCCCUGCGGAGUCUGGCGAUGCAGCCGGCGCUGCCGCCGCGCACGCAGCGGCUGGUGUACCGGCUGGGCCAUGGCGUCGCGGGGCUCGGUGGACUCGUUCUGGAGGGUCCGGCAAUGGCCAUCGGCAUCGCCAUCAACGAGCACCCCGACGCGGCGAUGCUCGUCUCGUUGGCCGGCGCCGCCAACCACGCUGUGGUUUGCGGGCCGAUGGGUCAGGAGGAGGGCGUCGAGUGCAGCGAGCGCAACAGGAAGUCUGGCGACCAGCCGAGCCGCGGCCAACUGCGGAGGAGGCGCGGGCCGCGGGAGCCGAGGCCCAGCUGGCGCGAGCACGCCCUGCAGGCCGUGGUGCCCCCUGCGUCGAUGCAGCUGCUGUUCGCGGCGGUCGCGCUGGUGGAGCAGCACUGGGAGUUCGCGCUCGAGGGCGUCGAGGCCCAGCAGCUCCCCGGCGAGGCCUGCGGCGCGGACGCCGCCGCAGGCCGCGAGCACGCGUUCGGGGCGGCGCCCGUGCCGCCGGGCGCCGCGGGCGCGCCCGAGUCGUGGCCCAGACGUGGAUCGUGGGCGCUCUCUCACGUGAAGGCCUUGGCCCUGGCGCCAGGCCGUUCUCUCGCCUACGAGAUGAGUUGCGGGAGGCUGGUGGAGGCGUUGCGCCUGAAGAUCUCGGAAGAAUGCGGCCUCGAGGCGUCUGAGCUCGUCAUGGGCACGCGUUCGGAGAUCAUGCGCGAUGGUCGCAUUCUCGCUAGAUGCGGCCCUGACGAGGGCGUGUGCAUCACGGUCACUCGGCGUGUUCGCGGCGGCGCGGACGAGCCCGAGGAUGCCUUCAUGCCCGCAGACGCUGCCUAGGCCGUUUCCGAAAGCGACCUCCUCCCGACCCGCCGCCGAGAGGGAGGGAACUUCUGCGCCCUGCAGCGCGGCCGACUGCACCUGG